AUGGCGUCGAGCCUCUCAGCUACCCCACGGAGGGAAGGAAGCUGGACCAAGCUGGUCAUAUUCAUUGCGCUUUACGUCUUGAUACUGCAGUCUAUCUUGGAAUGGGUCCUUGUGCUCUACUUGUACGGCAAUGGCCAGGUGGAUUCCAAGAUGACCCUCAGCGUGGUGCUCGCAUUGGUUGCAUCGUUCUUUUCCAUACCCCUUGUCGGUCUGCAGAGUCUGGUCGCAUGGCAGUAUAACAACAUCGGUGGAUUCGGAACCCAAAAGACCGUGCUGCACAAUAUCUGCACCUAUGUCUUCCGAUUGGAUUUGAUGCUGUGGCUCGCGACUAGUGUCGCUGGCCUGGUGGUCGCCGCACAGCAGGUAUACUGCCUGCCCGCCGGCACAGAUGCGAGUUAUUGGAGAGUUGGACUCAGCUGUGCUUUCCACAGGGCAUCUGUCAUUGUAUCGGUCACCUCUAUGGUGACGGUCUGUGUGAUGUACUGCGCAAGAGAGCUAUGCGAUCGACCAUACGACGUCUCACUUCUUGGAAUCUACAAGCGACCGGAGAUCCUUCGCAACGGUAGUAUCCUCUCCGGCAAUAGCUGGGAUAGCGAAGAAACACUCAAGAACGAAAUCAUUUACCUCUGCCGCCAACACGACGGCAAUGGGACAGGAGAGUUCUGGUCCGUCGACCCAAUUGCCAACAAGGUCAAUUGUCACCCUAGCAUCCGACACCCUGCGCCUGCUCGCCUGCGACCUCAACUUCGGGUGAACACCAAUCCCGGCUCGACAUAUGGAGAGAUUGUAUCUGGAACCUCGAUUUCGCCUGACGAAAAUUUGCGACGGGUUUCCCCCGGCUCACAGAGCCUCACGAACGAGUUCUAUCCUAUUUCGCGCAAUUCGACCGUGAUGACCACGCAGACCGCGAACGAGCUUCAUGCAUUGCUCUCGGAUGCAGCUGCUCAACAUGCCCCUGCCAUCCCCGAGCAACAUGGCGGCCACAAGCGGGCAAAGUCAUCGCUGUCUUCAAUCAGACGAAUGCUUCCCAAGUCUUUCCCUCUGUCACUGCCCUUGCUAUCUGAUCCUCAAAUCCAAGCCCUGGCGGAUCCGAACAAGGCCUCGGAUGUCGAAAAACAGGUCGUAACACCCAACAGCAUGCCCAAGGGAGUGUCUCAAUCUCCUACCUAUCCAUCAACAGCUUUGCCGCAGAAACCCAACCCAAACCCAGCAAGACCAGGCCACGCCCGCACAACGACGAUGAACUCAGCAGAUGCCCCAGAAGUAGUCCCAGAGUCCGAAGUGCACCGCUCCCAGACAACGAAUGCAGCCCCGACACGCUCAAUCAACCACCCCCAUCAUCCGAACUACACCUCAGGACCCCCACCACGCGCAUACUCACAGUCCUCCCGUCCAGGCAUGGGUGCACAACUUCGAAGUGUUCAAAACGACCAACCCCAGCGCAGCACAAGCUACCAUUUCGACCCAUCUCACGCGCCCCGCCAAAAACCAAGCAAGCACCGCCCACGCCAACCAGGCAGCCAAAGCCAGUACUUCCCACCGGCAAAGCGAUGGCCCAGCCAGCAACGCUUCGACGAGAAUCGCUCAGCACGUCGCAAUGAUGUCCAAAUUAUUUACCCUAGCACGCGGCGCUCGCGCAGCAAUACACAUGCAGCUGGUGGUCCGCUUAGCUGCAUCUAUGAAACUUCGUCGAACCCCCGUGCCUCUAUUGAAGAUCAUCGUCCUGUGUCGGGGGUCUCGGCGGUUUUCUCUGAGUUGCCAUCUAGCCCGUCGAAUGUGGUUGAUCCGUCGACUUAUCGCGCGAACCGCAACAGCCUUGGCUUCCAUUAG